AUGCUGCCAAAGACAAGCAUCGCAGGCGCCCUGGCCGUCUUCUCCGCACACGGGCAGGCCGCGGCCAGCACGGCAUCUGGUUAUGAUGCGACCGCUUCCGCACACGAGCGCCCGGCCGCCGCUGCCACGGCCGCUGGCUAUGAUUCGCCCCCUUACUAUCCGGCACCGUACGGUGGCUGGGUGGACGAGUGGAGGAACAGUUACAGCAAGGCCAAAACGCUAGUCGAUUCCAUGACAUUGGCUGAAAAGACCAAUAUUACAGCCGGGACCGGUGUCUUUAUGGGUGAGUCUCGAUGUCUCAAAUUGGGCUCAGACGAGGCGAUGCAGUCAUCCUGGUAUGUUUCCAGACUCAGUUUACACGACUGCUGCGCACGUUGUAAUGGAAACGCCGGCUCGGCUCUGCGCGUGGGCUACCCCAUGCUGUGCUUUGAGGAUGGAGCCAGUGGCAUUCGACAGGCAGACCACGUCACCGCAUUUCCGGAUGGCAUUACCGUCGGGGCCACCUUUGACAAGGAGCUCAUGUACCAGCGCGGUGUCGCCAUGGGCAAGGAGGCUCGUGGCAAAGGCGUCAAUGUUCUGCUCGGUCCCACGGUUGGCCCGAUAGGACGAAAGCCCAAAGGCGGCCGCAACUGGGAAGGAUUCGGCGCCGACCCCGCGCUGCAGGCGAACGGAGCCCGUCAGACCAUCAAGGGCAUCCAGGAACAGGGCGUCAUUGCGACCAUCAAGCAUCUGGUGGGUAACGAGCAGGAGAUGUACCGCAUGUACAACCCUUUUCAGCAAGCUUACAGCUCUAAUAUUGAUGACCGCACAUUGCACGAGGUCUAUUUGUGGCCGUUCGCUGAAGGAGUUCAUGCCGGCGUGGGUGCCGCCAUGACUGCGUACAACGCUGUUAAUGGAUCCGCAUGUAGCCAGAACCCCAAUCUCAUUAAUGGCAUUCUCAAGGAUGAGCUCGGCUUCCAGGGUUUUGUUAUGAGCGACUGGCUCGGUCACAUGUCUGGCGUAGGGUCUGCCUUGGCGGGCUUGGAUAUGGACAUGCCCGGAGACACGCAGAUCCCGCUAUUUGGCUUCAGCUAUUGGAUGUAUGAGCUGUCAAGAUCGGUUCUGAAUGGCUCGGUGCCAAUGACUCGUCUCAAUGACAUGGCAACUCGCAUCACCGCGGCCUGGUAUCAAAUGGGCCAAGACAAGGGCUUCCCGGCCACCAACUUUCACUACAAUACCAGAAAAAAGGAGGGUAUGCUCUACCCCGCCGCUUGGCCAGAGUCUCCGUCCGGUGUUGUCAAUCAAGACAUUGACGUGCGCGCCGAUCACGAUGAUGUGGCUCGACAGAUUGCCCAGGAUGCCAUUACUUUGCUGAAAAAUGACGAUGGACUCCUUCCGCUCUCAGAAGGACGAUCGAUCAAGGUGUUUGGUACGGAUGCCGCCAAGAACCCCGAUGGACCCAACGCAUGCGCGGAUCGAAACUGCAACAAGGGCACACUCGGUCAGGGCUGGGGCAGCGGAACUGUUGACUACACCUAUCUUGAUGACCCCAUUGGAGCUCUGAAAACUCGAGUCAAGGAUGUCAAGUUGUACAAAACGGACUCGAUCCCUCUUGUACUACCAAAAGCCACUGAUAACGAUGUCGCUAUUGUCUUUAUCAGCUCAGACUCGGGCGAAAACACUUAUACCGUCGAGGGCAAUCACGGUGACCGCGAUGCUUCCGGGCUCUAUGCGUGGCACAAUGGAGACAAGCUUGUGCAGGAUGUCGCCGCCAAGUACAAGGAUGUAGUUGUCGUUGCCCACACGGUUGGCCCUCUGGUCUUGGAGAGGUGGAUCGCGCUGCCGAGCGUAAAGUCGGUGCUGAUUGCUCAUCUGCCAGGCCAGGAAGCUGGUCGCUCUCUGGUCGAGGUCCUUUAUGGAGACGUGUCGCCGAGCGGACACUUGCCCUACAGCAUCACAAAGGCCGAAGAUGACAUGCCCAAGAGCGUCACAGAUCUAAUCAAUUUCGAGCUCGGCUUCCAAGCCAAUGACGACUACACCGAGGGCCUCUACAUUGACUACAGAUGGCUGAACAAGGAAAAGACUCAGCCGCGCUAUGCUUUUGGCCAUGGCCUCAGCUACACAAGGUUCGACUUUAGCGACGCGUCCAUUACCCAGGUCACGCCACUUACCCGCACACCUCCCGCACGGUCUGCCAAGAGCGGCAUCCUCGACUACUCGCAAGAGAUUCCUGACAAGAGCGAGGCCGUCGCGCCCAAGGGCUUCCGCAAAAUUUCACGCUACAUCUACUCGUGGCUGAAAGAGGAGGAAGCCGACGAGGCCGAGUUGGGCUCUGCCACCAGAACAUAUCCCUACCCGGCUGGCUACACGGAUGAGCAGCGACCCGGUCCUCGCGCUGGCGGUGGACAGGGCGGCAACCCUGCGCUCUGGGACACGGCUUACACCAUCUCGGUCAAGGUCGCCAACGCUGGCGCCAAGUAUAGCGGCAAGGCGUCUGUGCAGGCCUAUCUGCAGUUCCCGGAUGACAAUGGUGGCUACGACACGCCCGUCAUCCAGCUGCGUGACUUUGCAAAGACGGAGACGCUGGCGCCGAGUGCGACGGCGACGGUCGAGCUAAAGCUCACGCGCAAGGACCUCAGUGUCUGGGACACGAACAUGCAGGAUUGGAUUGUGCCUAAUGUUGACGGAGCCUACAAGGUUUGGAUUGGCGAUGCCAGUGAUAACUUGGGCACCGUUUGCUACACUGACUCGCUCAAGUGCGAGACGGGCGUCGAGGGACCCGUCUAA